UCUGCAUAUCUGCCAUUUGAAAGUCACUUGAGAAAGCCUGGAUAGACGGUUGUUGCAUAAGCUUGCAGCCUAGAAAUUGUAAAUGGCGAGAAGUCGAGAAGAGAUUGAAGCUCAGUUGAAGGAGGACUGGCGACGACAGCGCGAUGUGAGUCGCGAAAUAGACGCCCAGCUUCGUGCAGAAAGAAAGGCUCAACGAAACCAUGUGAAACUUCUUCUUCUCGGAAGCGGAGAGUCAGGAAAGAGUACUUUUGUCAAGCAGAUGAGAAUUAUACAUGGCAAGGGGUAUUCUGAAGCUGACAGAAUGGAGUUUCGAACUCCUAUCUUUGAGAACAUUGUCAGCUCAAUGCAGGCAACAUUAGAAGCUAUGAAGCGCCUAUCGAUUGAUGUAACUGACAAGUCUCUGGAGGUGCAGAUGGAAAAGGUGUUAACUGUUGACAAAUUUAGUAGGGUGACUAGGAUGGGUGAUGAGGUUGUGGAAGCAAUAGAGAAAUUGUGGGCGGAUGAUGGGGUGCAAAAGUGUGUGAGUAGGAGGAGGGAGUUUCAGCUUAGCGAUUCUACAGAAUAUUACAUGAAACACAUUAGAAGAAUUGGUUCGUCUAGUUAUGUCCCUACUAUUACCGAUGUGCUGAGGGUUCGAGUGCCUACAACAGGAGUAAUCGAAUAUUUGUUUCAAAUGGACGACAAAGUUGUCUUCAGGGUGAUCGACGUCGGAGGCCAAAAAGCAGAACGAAGAAAGUGGAUUCAUUGUUUCGACAACGUGACUGCUAUCAUAUUUCUUGUGUCGUUGAUCGAGUACGACUUGACGGUGGCAGAAGCAGAAGGCGAAAAUCGAAUGCAAGACAGUCUGAAGCUCUUUCAUUCCAUAGUCGGGAACAAGCUGUUUCAGCAUAUGCCAGUUAUCGUCAUGUUUAACAAGACCGACUUGCUGCAGGAAAAGAUCAAGAAAUCGAACGUGCAAAAAUAUCUACCCGAUUACACAGGUCCGGCGAAGGACUCCGAGGCUGUGAGAAACUUUAUUCGUGACAAGUAUUUGAGCUUGAACGUAGGCCUGAAUGGAGAGCCGACGAAGAGGGAGAUGUAUCCAUAUUUCACGUGCGCGACCGACACGGAAGCAAUGAAAUUCAUCAUAUCGGCUGUGAAGGACAUAAUAUUACAGAAACUCUUGAGCCGAGUCGGUAUGCUGUAGGCGUGUGUUAUAUACGUGUAGUGACAGAACUUGUCGUUAUCUAUUUUCACAAUUAGUAGAUACAUGUUGGCCGACUAACCACCACAUUAUUGCAGAUGGAUGGAACACUAAAUCAAUUCGUAUCAUAUUUGAAGAGGUAAUAUGACAUGUUUGCAGCAGAGA